CGUACUAUACACCUUUGUUGUGAUGCGAUAAACCGUGAUUUAGCAGUGUAACGUGUAAACCAGCGGUCAGGCAUCGAGAAGUCUCAGAGUCGUUUAAAAUCAAAGGAGCAUGAAAGUGAUGAAUCUUACAUAUUUGUUGAUUACAAGAAAUAAUUAUAUUGAAGUAAUCUGUACAUUACAGCUUGUACAUAAUAGUUAGAAAAUUAAUCAAGUUUGUGUACUGAGAAAUAUAAAAUAUGUCAUCGAUGUCGAAAUCAAAAGGCUGCCUGUUUUUGGCUUCGUCGCUCUGCGAUGGUGUGGAAGACAAUAAUAUAAUGCAAGUAACAACUUUACUCCUAAAUACAGAUGCAAACCCUAAUACAUUAAUUCCUUCGUAUGGUGUAACACCAUUUCACUUGGUAAUAGGUAAUGAUUCCGAAGCCUUUGCAGAGGAGGUAACAAAAUUGUUCUUACGUCAUGGAGGAAACCCAAAUGUUAAAUCCAUGGAUGGACUGACUCCAGUUCAUGUGGCAGCAGCAUGGGGCAGAGUCACGGUACUAGAAAUGCUUCUGGCAAAUGGUGGCGAUGCUCUUUGUCUGGACUUUGAAGGACGCAGUCCAUUUCAUUACGCAUUCGAUGGGAAAUAUUAUGAAGCCAUUACAGUGCUUGGAAAAUAUUGCGAAAAAAUUACUAAAGAAUUUAAGCCAACAAAACAUAAAAUAACAUUUAAUAAACUUCUUGUUAACAAUGGGGAUGUGGUAGCAGAGUAUACUGCACUGGUAAACGCUGACAUGUUGGAAGAAUUUCAAACAAAUGAAAAAGAUAGAUUCUCCGACGUCAAGAAUAAAUACUUUUACUUCAAUGAUAACCAGUCAGACAUCAAAGACGCAGAACAUAGACUUCGCGAGGAAAUGGUCAAAGAGAAAUGCUUACUUAAUCAAAUAAUUAAUCAAUUAUCGAGUUCGCUAAAUUCAAACUCUAAAGAAGUAGAGGUCAAUAAUGAGCACAAACAUGAUAAGGACAAUCAGUGCGAUACAAGUCCAUUGUCCACACUGAAUGUAGACAAGCUAAGAAAAACUAGGACAAAAAAACGAUGUGUUACUCCACGAUAUAAGCGUAGAAUUUUUGCACAAAAUAAUAGUAAUAAUAAAAUCCCAUUGACUCCUCUGCAGGAUCCAAGCGAUUCCAUCAUAAGCAAAUCGCCUAAUUUUGUAAUAGGAAACACGAUUGAAAGCGAACAAAGAUUCUUAACGCCUAAAUUACUGAAUAGAGAAUCGAAAUUUAGAACGUAUACACCUUGCGUGACGAGAACUGGAUUGGUUAGAUCAGACGAGUUUAAUUUUGGAAAAGAAAUGGCGAGAUCUACUCCAAGAAGAAAACGAUUUUAUAGGCAAUAUUCAUCAAACAGGAAAUUUAGGAAAAAUGAUGUACUGAAUUCGUCAGGGAGUACGAGUCCCGACUCCUCAACGAAUUCCUUGUCGCCGGUUGAAAAUCGUCAUCCCAGAUUACCUUAUAAGUUGACUAAAAACAUUAGCAAAAAUCUAGCAGUAAGAUUAUAUGACGAUGAUGUGCCAAAAAGUCCAAAUUUUAAUGAGAAAUAUAAACUGAGAGGUUUAGCCAGCGAAUUAAGUGAUUUAGAAAAUUUACAUAUUGAAGAAGAAGCAGAUUGUAUUGGGAGGAAAACAGAUAGUAUGAAUGUAAACGAAAGCUUCCGUGGAAAAUAUUUAAAGGAAAUGAAAAAUAAUGACACUUUAAACAGCUAUAGGGAAAAUUAUAAUGUAUUUUCAUCUAGUUUCCAGACAGAGUCGUUUAUCAGUGUGCAAGAAGAAUAUAAAUAUGAAGAUCCGGAUGAAGGUAUAGCUUUUCUGGAACGCAGAAUUUACACGAUACCGCCAUGUAAACCUAGAGAAAAUUUCACUACAUCUAACACAUGGCCUGAAUCAUUAAACUUAUCAACAGAUGUAUUCAUAUCGAGCGAGGAGCUACGAAAAAAGUUAGUUAAUCUAGGUGAUAAUCCAGGACCAAUAACUAGCACAACAAAACAAUUAUACUUAAAAAGACUGAUUAAUUUAGAAAAGAAAAUAGAACUGGAAUCAUUAUGCUAUAACACUGUUCCUCCCAAGAUCUGUUCCAACAUGGAUGACUGUAUUUUUGAAAUCAAAUCUUCUUUGACAUAUGGAGACUGGAUUAAUAAUCUGGGACGGUAUAAGAUUAUCGAGAAGACUAUUUUUAAAGAGUUUUGUUACGUGGAUCCUUCUAGGAAGUGGAGGGAAGGAAUAAACAAGACUUGCUUCAAUUAUUUGCUUUUGGAUCCGCGAAUAACAAAGGAUUUGCCUUGUCGUGUAGAAACUAUGACAAAGUCUGCAAUUUGGACCACAUUUCUGUCUGCCGUAUUCUAUGUAGGUAAAGGUACACGUAACAGACCAUAUUCUCAUCUUAAGGACGCUUUUGAAGCAUGGGUAUCAACAGAGAACACUGAGAAUGCAAAGAUCCAGCAAAUCUUAAACAUUUGGAAUGAUGGUUAUGGAGUUGUUUGUCUCCACGUAUUUCAAAAUGUUAUUCCUGUGGAAGCUUACACUCGUGAAGCUGCUAUGAUCGAUGCUUUGGGAAUAAAGAAAUUGAGGAACUGUAAAAACGGAGACUAUUAUGGAAUAGCAGCGACUUGGAACAUAAAAGAAAAAUGUAACUUUGGAAGAUAUUUACUCUAUCAAGCAAUGCAGAUAUUUUUAUAUGAAGGAGAGAGACAAAUACUUCCUCAUAAUUUGUGAGGAUUCGUAUUUAUGUGCAUAUGAAGUUUUAGCUGUGCUAAUAACGAUAUUUAAGUGCAAUAUUACAGAAAGGAAUAAAUAAAGUUCGAGCUAUCUUUUCAAAAUAGUGUUUACUUAAUAAUUUUAUGACUAUGAAGUUUUAAUAAAAUGUAUUACUUUGAUACUUUCAUAAGUA